AUGACAAAAGUCGGCGCUGUAAUUUUAGGGUUUUGCUCAUUGGCCAUUUUCAUGCCAUGGGUCUGUUCAGGUCUGAUGAAAGAAGAAGAAAAUUGGUCACAAACCCUCUGCCAGAGAAAGGAAAAGGUCACUAAGCUUCAUUUCUACCUCCAAGAUUUAAUAGGAGGGCCUAAUAAAACAGUGUACACAGUAGCAAAAUCCGAGUUAACAGAUUCUCUUCCCUCGCUGUUUGGCAGGGUCUUGGUUUUAGAUAACCUAAUAACUGCAGGGCCUGAACCCGAUUCGAAGAAAGUGGGUCGGUUGCAGGGAACUGUUGGGCUAUCGGACUUGCAUGAAGCGUCAUUGGUUAUGCUUGUUAACGUGAUUUUCACAGACGGUAAGUAUAAUGGAAGUACACUAAGUAUUUUGGGAAGGAACCCAUUGACUGAAAAGGAUAGGGAGAUUUCGGUUGUUGGUGGCACCGGUGUUUUUCGAAUGGCACGAGGAUACAUCAUUACGCGCACGCACUCCUAUGAUGGCACACUUGGUGUGUAUGAGUAUACGGUUUUCGUGUCUCAUUUGGAAGACGAAGCAUCAUAG